AGACAAAUCUCCAGUCACCAUCUUUUAGCUCCGAUUCAGGAACGUGGGCCUUUGGUCGCCUUUGGUGGGCUCCAUUGUCCUGGAUGCGCCAAAUCAGGAAAAUUCCGACUUCCAGAGAAGCGCCUACCCGUCCAGGACAAUCUCCAUCUUUGCUCCCGACGUCCACUUCAAUCCGAUCCAUAUUCCAUACCAACGGAAGCUGCAGUUGUCUAGUGUCGUCCGAGUCCACAAACCCUCGACCGACGCCAACUUCUCUUCGCAAAUAUACCCACGCUUUUUUUCGUCUUGUACACUACAUAGCCCAUCAUGGAUUUGGUAAACCACCUCGAAGGCAGACUUCUCUUUGCCGUGCCCAAGAAGGGCCGCCUUCUCCAAGCCGCCUUGAACCUCCUCGAGGGCGCCGACAUCCAGUUUAGACGCGAGAACCGCCUCGACAUUGCGCUCGUCAAGAACCUCCCCAUCGCCCUCGUCUUCCUUCCCGCCGCCGAUAUCCCCACCUUCGUUGGUGAGGGCCGUGUCGACCUCGGUAUCACUGGCUACGACCAAGUUCAGGAGCACGAUGCCGGCGUCCGCGCCGUUGCCAGCGCCCGUCGCCAGAGCGGCGAGUGGAAGCACGGCGAGAAGGCCAAGCCUCAGGGUUGCGAUACCGUCAUGGAGCUCGGCUUCGGCGCCUGCAAGCUCCAGGUCCAGGUUCCCGUUAAGGGCGAGUACGCCACUGGCAAGGACUUGAUCGGCAAGAAUAUCGGCACUAGCUUUGUUCACCUUGCGCAAGAAUACUUUGCCCGUCUCGAGCUGGAGCAGGAGGGUCUUGUGGAUGCGGAUGCCUCCCAAUUGGCUGACCGUAAGCUCAAGACUAAGAUCAUUGAGCUCAGCGGCAGUGUCGAGGCUGCCUGCGCUCUCGGUGUCGCCGACGGCAUCGUCGAUCUUGUUGAGUCCGGAGAGACCAUGAAGGCCGCCGGCCUCAUGGCCAUCGACACCGUCGUCGACUCCUCCGCCAUCCUCAUUAAGUCCAAGGCCCCCAGCAACCCGGAGAUGGUCGAGCUGAUCGCGGCCCGUAUUGGUGGCGUUAUCACCGCCCAAAAAUACGUGCUCUGCCAGUACAACGUCGAGCGCACCCGUCUGGCCGACGCCACCAAGAUCACUCCCGGCAAGCGCGCCCCCACCGUCACCUCGCUCGAGGACGAGGGCUGGGUUGCCGUCAGCGCCAUGGUCGAGAAGAAGCGCAUCGCCACUGUUAUGGACGACCUGACCACCGUUGGUGCUACCGAUAUUAUCGUGCUCGAUAUCCACAACACUCGUGGCAGCAGGGCGUAAGAGUGUUGGGGAUGGAACAAAAAAGGAUAUAUAAAAGGGCAAAAAAAAUGGAGAUAGAAGCAUUUAAUAGAGCGUAAUAGAGCGUAUCUUUGGACUGAAAUAUUGAGGGCAAAGAAAGU